UGUACAGUGUGUGCGGUGUGUAGCUGCAACCAGUUACACGUUUAAGCAAUCUGUUUGGAGGUCAUCUGUUCUGUUGAGCUAUUGUUGGUUCAACUUUCCAAGAGGAAGUCAAAUUGUAACUCAUUAUCGUAAAUAUUCACAGAGAGAUUCUCCCAACAUGAGUAAGAAGCUGUUGCUGCUGGAUGUUGACUGUGGAGUGGAUGAUGCCCAAGCCAUUAUGCUGGCCCUGGCGGCUCCUAAUGUAGAAAUACUGGGGAUCACAUGUGUGCAGGGGAACACUUCAGUUGAGAAUGUUUGUAAGAACGUCCUGCGCGUUCUUCAAGUCUGCAAUAAACUUGAGAUUCCAGUGUUCAAAGGCGCGUCCAAGCCGAUCCUCGGACAUGAAAUUUUAGGAGCGAAUUUUCACGGAUUGGACGGCUUGGGAGAUGCCCCAGACCCUAACGCGCCCAGUGCAGACAUGAUUCAGAAGGAAGGCGCUGUGUCUGCAAUGAUCAGAAUUAUAAAUGAACACCCAGGACAGGUGUCUCUUGUUGCCACAGCACCUCUCACAAACUUGGCCCUCGCAGUCAGGAUGGACCCCUCCUUACCAAGUAAACUAAAGGGCCUAUACAUCAUGGGAGGCAAUACUGAGUCCCGAGGAAACACUACUGUAUGUGGGGAGUUUAAUUUCGCUGCUGAUCCUGAAGCUGCUUAUAUUGUUCUAAAUGACUAUCAGUGUCCCAUCUACCUGGCAUGUUGGGAGUUUACCUGCUACAACAAGUUGUCUUGGGAGUUUUGUGACCAGUGGUUGGCUCAGGACUCUGACAAAGCCAGAUUCAUGACACGCAUCUUCAAACACAGCCUGGACAUAUCAAAGACUGAACGCUUUGAGAAGGAGUUUAUUGAUGGCACAGGACUCAUUUCUUGUGACUCAUAUGCUGUGGCAGCUGCCAUUGACGACACCUUUAUUUUGGAAACUGACCAGUUUCCUGUCAGUGUGGAGCUCACCGGGACUCAUACCAGAGGCAUGAUGGUGGUAGACACUGUGGGUGUCAUGAACAAGACCCAAAAAGCAUUUAUUAUGAAGAAAGUUAAUUUAGAGAUGUUUAAGCAGAUGAUGAUGGCUGCUCUGAAGUAAAUGCCCUUACUGUAACUUACGAACUUGAAAGUUACUCAGAUUGUAAAACAAGGACUUUAAGGAUUACUUUUUUAUUAACAUAAUAAAAUAAUUAAUACACAUUUUGUAUGAGAACCACAAAUGCACCACUAGUAAAGUACCAAGGAAAAA